CUCUCUCCCUCUAACACUUCUGAGCAGAUCCAACAGAUACAGCUAACGAACAGGACACAAUGUGGCUGUCUAUGCUUUCUGUGUGGGGCAGUCUGCUAACAUUAGUGGCAUCUCAGAGCUGCCCGGAUCCAUCUGAGAACAGUGCUUCAUGGGUGAGGUUAAAGCCUCUAGGGCAGUGCAAGGACGGGGAAAGUACAUGCCCUUACCGCAUCACUCUUCCUCCUCUUACUGUUCAGCUCCCCAAGUCCUUCAGGGAGCUGGAGAAGAUGGCCAGAGAACUGCAAAGCCUGACACAGAUGGUGAACCAGCUUAAAGAAGACUGUCGUGAGUGUAAGGAGAGGCAAGGAAUGGACUGGAAUAUACAGACAGAUGAUAAAGUGGAGAAUGUAGAAAGGGUUCAAGCUUCUAGGGGCACUCUCAACACCAAGGAGAGACAGCAGGACUUAGCCAAGAGAGAGAGUACAGUUCAAGUAACCACUUCAAGAUCUACAGUGGAAGACACUAUAAUCAUCAGCAGCAAUGCAAAGGAUAUAAAUCCAACAUCCUUCGGAAAACAAAGGAAUACCAAUCAGGAGAGGAAUUUAAAUUCACGUACCACUAAACCAAGGGCUGAGACCAAUGGUGGGCCAAAAGGAACUAAACCGUCACAAGAAAAAACUAUAAGCGAGAGUAUGAGUAAGGUCAGAAAGGGGCCCUCAAUUACAACCACAAAAAAGAUCAUCAUACAGUCUCCAAUGGAUAAACUGGCUGAAUCAUCUUUUCCUGGAGAUCUAGACAGUGAACAACCUACACAGCAUGAAAAACAUAAGGUCAACACAAUCAAAGCUGGACAUGAGAUGUACCCUAGUGGAACCCUGACUGCAAAAGGCAAGGUGAAGAGUAUCCCUUCUACAGUUGCAGAGGAUGAUGAUGAUGAUGAUGAUGAUGAUGAUGUAGAAAUAAAACAACAUCAAACACCAAAAGAUGACAAAGUACUGGGGGAAAAACGACUGCUGACUGGCACUGAUACGCAAAACAACAGAGAACAUGAACCGAACAUGAAACAACUUACCAGAAAACAACAGGACAAAGUGGAUAAAAAAAAAGUUGCUGACACUGGACAAAAAGAAUCAAGAUACUAUAUUUUUGAUGGCAAUAACAAUGGCAAUGUGGCUAAAGAAGGGAGUGUCAGUAUAAUACAACAACCAACCUUGAAAAACAAGGAAAAAAAGGAAAUUGAUAAUGAUGGUGCUAGCGCUACCAAGCCGAAACCAUUAAAACCAGGAGCAUAUUCAGAGAGGGAUGCUGAAGUGAACCCAGUUAACACAGAUGACACAAUCAGAGGACAAAAGAAGUUAACGUCACCCAUCACAGGCAAAGCUAAUGUCUCAGUUAACGUAAGUCAAAUAAAUCCACAAACACUGGAAAUCAAAUCUAAAAAUACAUUUAAACCUGAAACAGAUGCAAAGAUUGACAUUGGAAUAGAUUCAAAAUUUAACACAGCAGAGACAGUAAGUGGACAAGUGAUGUCAAGAUCCAACAUCUCUGGCAUAAUUUAUGGCAUAGUUGAUGUAAGUCCAACAAGUCCUCAAACACUAGACAGUAAAAAACUUUUAAAUACGGACACAGAUUCAGAAAGUGAUGCUGUAAUGAAUUCAAACCCAGUUAAUAAUGUUGAUACAGUCAGUGGCGUAAAGAAUUCAAGGUCACCCAUCUCACACAGUGUUAAUGCCACUGCUGAUGUAGAUCUAAUAAGUGCAAAAAAACAGAGCAGUAACUCUAAAACCUCAUUAAAAUUUAGCAAAAAUGCAGAGCAUAACAACGGAAUGGAUUCAAAUCCAAUCAACAAAACUGAGGCAGUCACUGGACAAGAGACGUCAAGAUCACCCAUUUCUGGCAUAACCGAUGUCACAGUUGAUGCAAGUCCAACAAAUCUACAAAUACUAGACAGUAAAAACCAAUCCAGAACUCUCACAGAUUCAGAGAAUGAUGCUGUAAGGGAUCCAAAAAAAGUCCAUAAUGUUGCUACAGUUAGUGGAGUAAAGAAUUCAAGAUCAUCCAUCUCAGAUAGAGCUAAUUCCACAGCUGGUGUAGAUAUAAUAAAUCCACAAUCAGUGAACUCUCAAAACCCUUUCACACACAGCAUAGAUGUAAAGAGUAACAAUGGAACGGAUUCACAAUCAUUUAACACAUCUGAGACAGGCAGUCGACUACAAAUGCCAAAAUCACCCAUCUCAGGCAUAACUGACGCAGUUGAAGUGAAUCAAACACAUCCAGGAACACUGGACGGUACUUUUAAACACACAUUCAAUCCUGGGACAGAUAAGAAGAGGAAGGCUGAAACUGAUUUAAACCCACUUAACAAAGUUAAGAUGAACACUCCACUAGAAAUGCCACAAUUACCAGUUACAGGCAGAGUUGAUGCUACAGUUAAAGUAAACCAAAUAAAUCCACAAAUGGUAUACAGUAACUCUGAAAAUGCCACAAUGGUAUCAACUCCAAUUAAUAAGGUUGAGACAGUCAGUCAACUAGAAACACCAAGAUCGCCCAUCUCAGGCAGAUCUCAUGCUACAACUGAUCAAAUAAAUCCACGAGCAAUGGAUUAUAUCUUCAAAAACCCAUUGAAACCAGGUACAAUUUCUGAGAGGAAGGCUGGAAUGUAUCCUUUUCGAGAUCACACAAGUGAUACUGUAAGCCAACAAGAGACAUCAGAAUCACCUAUUUCUGAUUCCAGGCUUGAUGUAAGUGGUAGAAAUCCCAGUCUUUAUAGUAAUGGUGACCUACCCAAAAGACGUUUUGAUUUUGUCAGAAACCGUAACGUGACACAACCAAGGAAUGGACAGACUGAGAGUUCAAACCCCAUGAGUAUGGACACUGAAAGAAAAAAGUCACUAAGGAACAACAAAACUACAUCGUUAAGAAGUGAUGUGAUGACAAGUGGCAGACACCUUCCCACUGGACUUUUUCCUAAGAGACAAGAGAAGCAGCAAGAAAUCACAAACCAACCAGAAAGAAUCAAUCCCACAGGAAUACGUCUAAGUAAGGAUCCUAGAGAUAGAAAAGCAUAUAUUUUGCAAAGAAUACCAGUAAAUGAAAGUAAAGCAUUUGGCUCAGGAGGGCCAAAAAACACAAGUAGAGUAAUUGAUUAUACGAUGACCAAUGGGACAACACAUGUUGAUUCUAAACCUCUAUCCAGCCAUAAUAAGGAGUUAAAUAGGACAGCCUAUGACAUGAGUCAAUCAGUCAGGCCCACUCUGGCAACACAUGGUAUUAUGGAUCAAGCUCAUAUAAAAAGAGCAAAAAUUGCCCCUACAGUCAAUUUAUUACACACAAUGGGUAAUCACCAGAUUGAAAGUACCUCUCAAACUACAGUGACCAAACCAAGACUUGAAAAACCUGGUGAGAGUUCAGAACAGGAUCUGGUUUUGGAAACAGUAAAUAAUAUUGGAAGCUACUCACAACCAUCUGUUGUGGAAAAGACAAAAGGCACUGAUAGAAGAGCAGGAAAAAACCCAUUCAGAACUACCAAUGUAGAUCCAAACCAGGAAAACCAUAAGAAACUGCUUAGUGUAGGAAGCAUUCAGAAUCCUGGUGGGAAGGUGCCUCUAGUUGUGGUAAGCACUGAGAGGAAUGAGUUAAACUAUACAACUACCGCAGCCACCCCAUACACAACGAAAACUGAGUUUAAGGACAAACACAGCAAAAUGCCUCAGUUUACUCCUCCUAUUAUAACAACAACACAACAUUUUAUGGAUCAAGAUCAUGUAGAGCAAAACAAAAACACUUCUGGAGUGAAAGUGUCAAAAAAACAUGUUCAUCACAGAAUCAAAAAACCCAGCCAAGAAACGGAGUCCAAAAGCUCUCAUAGUGACACAGGAAACAAAGAGUUGCAGAGUGCAAGCGAUGGUCAAGAGUCUGGUGCAGUGGCAGAUUUACAACCCAACUCUCUGGACAGCAUCCAAAACAGAGCAAUUGGCUCAAUGGCUAUCAUUAUGGACAAGGUCAAGGUCAGUACAGGCUCAAAGGUGUCAUCCACAUCUACAGAAAGCACCAAUGAAAACAGAGCAAGAAACUCAAACCCUUUUAUUAUGGACACGGUCAAGGCUAGUACAGAGGUGAAUCAGGCAACCCGAUCCUUAGACAAUCCUCCUGACACAUAUCAUAAAUAUAGGAAAACUCCAUUAGGAUCCGCUGACUCAACAGAGGGCAAUAAUGGAGGACAUUCAAUAGAUAACAAUAAUGGGAACACUUACCCAGUUGCUGUAAACAGAAUGACCGGGUCAACCUUACACAAAAUCCCAGGUGGGCACACCAACAAUGGAAAUAAAAAGGAGCCAGUCACUGUUAACAACAUGGAUGACGGACAGGGCUUAGAGAAGCAGCUGCUUGGCAACUGUCAUGGUCAGUGUGAUCUCGAGCCAACUCCUCAGUCAAUACUCAACAGCCGUGAAUCAUCAAACAACAACAGAGAUAAACCAUCCCAAGACUGUUCUGACUUCAUCAUGAGAUACCCAACAAGUGGCAUCUACAAUGUGACACCAACUGGAUCAGGCAACAGGACUUUCCCUGUCUUUUGUGACAUGAAGUCCUCUGGUGGAGGUUGGACUUUAAUUCAGCAUCGCUUCGAUGGAAGCAUCAGCUUCAGUCGUACCUGGAAUGAAUAUAAGAAGGGUUUUGGUAACUUAACGGGCGAGUUCUGGCUAGGUAAUGACAAGAUCCAUUGGCUGACCGCAACUAAAGCCAUGGUACUGCGCAUUGAACUUGAAGAUCUGGAUGGAAUUAAGGAAUAUGCCCAAUACGACCACUUUCAUGUGGCCAAUGAAAGUCAAUACUACAGGCUGACGAUAGAAGGAUAUUCAGGCACAGCUGGAGAUGCUAUGCAGUAUAGCAAAAAGUUCAACCACAACCAAAAGAACUUCACCACUCCAGAUAGGGACAAUGAUCAGUACACCUCAGGAAACUGUGGAGACUACUAUAGCUCUGGCUGGUGGUUUGAUGCAUGCAUGGCUGCAAACCUGAAUGGGAAAUAUUAUGAGACAAGAUAUAGAGGAGUGCGAAAUGGUAUCUUUUGGGGCACCUGGCAUAAUAUUUCCACUGAGUCCUACCCAACCCAUGACAGACAAUCUUUUAAGACUGUGAGAAUGAUGAUCAGACCCAGGACAGAGCUUCUGAUGAACUAGUUGAUGUUGACAGAGAACAUUCCAAGGACAGCUGUUUCCCUGACAUUUUGAAAAAGAAGUUGUACAUACAAUAGAUCUGCUUGGAUAAGUCCUGGGGAAAAUCCCUUUUCCCUUUUAGUGGACUCUUAUGCACUAUUUUAAUACUAUCCAGGUCAAUAUAGUUCAAGUACAUUAUUGUUAGUAGUGGAAGAUGUCUUUAUUUCUAGUGUUUUAAGAUGCGUUUAUUAUUGUAAGAUGUGUUUAUUUCUGUUUAACAAUUUGGUCCAUUUAGAUUUUAUGAUGCAGAGGGCCAGAUCAGACUCUGCAUGAACAAGAUAGAAAUUGUGACCAAAAAAAAACAAAACACCUUACUUCUGUUUAGAAUGUGGGAGUAAAUGGGUUUUUAUGUGCACUAGUGUUUAAUGGGGGGUGACAAAUAAAACCCUACAGGACACAGCACUGGAUGUUUGUAAUGUUUUUACCUUUUAAAAACUGAACACAUGUGACACGUUUUGCUUUUAAUACAUAGCUAUUCAUUUAUAUUUUUAUAUCUAAAAAUACUCCAUUGUAUGGACAAAAAAAAGUUUAUCAUAUUUUAAGACAAUGUUUAAAAAUACAGGAAUCUGUUGAGGAGCAUAAACUUUGUUGUAUGAAUGAACUCAUGCUGUUUAUAUAAUUCAUCCUAUUACUAUAUUAUGUUUAACAUUGUAUGAUUAUUUUCUUCCAUUACAUUGUAUUCCAGCUUUUUAUUUACAUUUUACGUUUUUUAUUCAAUUUCUGUGUUUGUAUUUCUUCUAAGCUAACCACUGGUCCACAGCAAACUGGUAACUGGUAAAUCCAUGUAACAGGAUAAACACAUUUUUUAAAAAAUACACUAAAGGUUUUCUAUGACUACAUCAGAGAUGGUAUAAUGUAGAAUGAAGGCAUUCAAAUAAAUUUUUUUAAACAGAUCAACAAUAA